AUGCCACUCUACUCCAAGUUUCUAAAAGAUUUGUUGACCAAGAAGGGCAAAUAUAUCCAUAGUGAUAAUAUUGUGGUGGAGGGAAACUAUAGUGCUAUUAUUCAAAGAAUUCUUCCACCUAAAUACAAGGAUCCAGGGAGUGUCACCAUCCCUUGCUCUAUUGGUGCAGUGUCUGUUGGGAAAGCCCUCAUUGAUUUGGGGGCCAACAUAAACUUGAUGCCUUUCUUCAUGUGCAGAAGGAUUGGAGAGUUGGAAAUCAUGCCAACAAGAAUGACAUUACAGCUGGCAGAUCGAUCUACUACAAGGCCUUAUGGCGUGGUCGAAGAUGUUUUGGUCAAGGUGCGGCAAUUUACCUUCCUUGCAGACUUCGUGAUUAUGGAUAUUGAAGAGGAUGCUGAAAUUUCGCUGAUUUUGGGUCGUCCCUUCAUGUUAACUGCCAAUUGUGUAGUGGAUAUGGGGAAAGGUAAUUUGGAAAUGAGUGUGGAUGAUCAAAAAGUUACAUUUAAUCUAUUUGAAGCCAUGAAGCACCCAAGUGACCACAAGGCCUAUUUUAAAGUAGAAAAGGUGGAACAUGAGAUAGACAUGGUAGCUAGAGCCGUGGUACUACAGUCCCCACUUGAAAAAGCACUGACUAAUACUAUGGAAUGUCUGAAACCAGAGGAAGAAAAAGAAGUGCAGAGUUGUUUAGAGGAAUUAGAAGGUGUAGAAGAAAAUCCUUCCCAAAGAAUGGUUUUUGAAGAAUUAAAAAAGGACAGUCCAGUAGAAAAGGAUAAAGUGGAGUUGAAGACUCUUCCAGAACAUUUGAAACCAAUCCGGUGA